AUGACGGACAACUGGGACCAGUAUGAGUGGAUCGUGGUGAUGGGCGCCAUGCUGGCCUUCUUCACCGCGUACGGGAUCGGCGCCAACGACGUGGCCAACGCGUUCGCGACCUCCGUGGGCGCCAGGUCGAUCACGCUGGGUCAGGCGGUGGUCAUAGCGGGCGUGUUCGAGUUCGCGGGCGCUGUGCUGCUGGGCUCCAGCGUGACGGACACCGUGCGCAAGGGCGUCGCCGAGACCAAGCCCUUCGAGGACGACCCCGAGGUGCUGAUGUACGGGAUGAUGUGCGUGAUCGCCGCCACGGGACUUUGGCUCCUGCUGGCGUCCUACCUGGAGCUGCCCGUGUCCACGACGCACUCGGCGAUCGGGGGAAUAAUCGGCAUGGCCCUCACAGCCAAAGGCUCGGAGGCCGUCGUCUGGUACGAGUUCGACGACAGCAAGGAGGCGCUGAAGAAGUACAAGGGCGUGGCGCCGAUCAUCGUGUCCUGGGUCGUCUCGCCCGUCUUCUCCGGCUUCCUGGCUAUGGGCCUCUUCCUGUUCGUCCGGAGGUUCAUCCUGCAGCACGAGGACUCCAGGCAGCGCUCUUUCAUCUUCUUCCCUUUCUUGGUGGGAGUCACCAUCGCCCUCAACGUAUACUUUAUAAUCUACAAGGGCUUCAAGAGGAAGCUGGGAAAGGACAAGAAGGCGCUCUCAGACAUCCUGGGUGCGGGCUGGUCCACGCUUAUCGCCCUGGGCUUGGGGACCAUCAUUGGCGUCAGCAUUUGGUUCUUCUUCAUCCCGUGGCUGAAGGAGAAGGUGGAGCAGAACCUCAGAGAGCAGGACAGCAGGGCGGCCGCCGCGUCUGCCAGGUCGCUGGGGCCUGAGAAGCCGCAAAAGCGGAAUGGAGACUCGGGGCGGAACGCAGACUCGAGGCGGAAUGGAGACUCUGGGCGAAACGCAGACUCGAGGCGGAAUGGAGACACGGGGAGGAAUGGAGACCCGGCGAAUAGGGACAGGAGUGCGGCCGGCAGGCUUGCGGGCGCUGUGAACAGGAUCACUGACCGUGACGUGCACGGAGUUAUCAAGACGGACAAACAGGUUGCAGAUAUCUACGAGUCCUCAAAGUCAUACGACGCAGGCACUGAGGAGUCGUUCAAGUACCUCCAGGUGUUCACUGCCACCAUGGACUCGUUUGCGCAUGGCGCAAACGAUGUCGCAAAUGCCAUGGGCCCGUUCGCCGCCAUCUGGGACAUCUACAAGAACAGGGGCUUCAGCGGGUCUAAGUCCGACGUGCCAGAAUGGAUUCUGGUCAUCGGCGGAGCAGGCAUCACAGUGGGCCUGGCCACGUAUGGCUACAACAUCAUUCGUGCCAUUGGCGUCAAGCUGGUGAAGAUGUCCGCCUCCCGGGGCUUUGCCAUCGAGCUGGGGGCCGCGACUGUGAUCGUCGUGGGGUCGCGGUAUGGCAUUCCAUUGAGCACAACCCACUGUCAGGUGGGAGCCACGGUGGGUGUCGGCCUGAUGGAGGGUAAGAAGGGUGUCAACCUGCAGCUCCUGCUGAAGGUCAUCGUGGGUUGGGUCAUCACACUGGUUGCCGUGGGAGGUGUCACCGCAGCUUUUUUUGCGCAGGGAGUGUAUGCUCCUUCCAUCCCCAACCUUGAUGCCAUCAACAGGUACACCAGCGGCAUGAAUGGUACUCUGAGCGACAUGACUGACUUGCUGUCAGACCUGGGCCAGAGCGAGACUGCAACCAACUUGCAGAGUAGCUAUGAAGAGACCCUGGAGACCGCCGCAGACGGGAGCAUGCUCCAGGCCGAGAUCUUUGACAGUGCGUUCGCCGCAGUGGAUGAACAGUGCAGAACUCUGCUUUCCUAA